UGAGCCUUGCAGUGACGUUUCAGCCUAACGACCAAUCAGAUCAUGGACACAGACCUAGCUGCUUUAUUGCUUCCGUGUUGCCUCUUCAGUCUCUGAGAAGUUGUUGUUCUGGUCUGAGGACUCUACCGCCAUGUCAGCAGCCACACAGAAUAUGAGGACAGACGGAGUCCUUACGCGGGGCGCCUUUGGAUUGACCACUCAAGGAAACUUCACUUCAUUGUGCCCGAAUGGGUCCAAAUGGGUUUGGGAAGGGCUCGGGGAAUGUGCCCAGGAUGCGAGGGAUAUGGCCAGCAUCUACCUAGGCCUCCUGUCCAUCCUCUGCUUCAUGGUUUCAUCACUUCCACAGUACUACAGCUCAUGUAAAACAGGGAAUAUGGACAGCGCCCUCUCUAUUUGGUUUCUGCUGCUGUGGUUGGGAGGUGACACCUGCAAUCUGGUGGGCUCCUUCUUGGCAGACCAGCUUCCUCUUCAGACAUAUACAGCCGUUUAUUACGUUAUAGCUGACUUGGCGAUGCUGGCCAUGUACUUGUACUACAUGACGAGGAACAGAAUAGCAGAAAGCAGGAGGGUUUUGCAUGCAGUGGGUGUAGCCUAUGUCCUGGGCCUCACCACAAGCCUCGCCCACCUCCCCGGGUUAGGUGCCCAACAGGAAGUUAUUCCUUCUGGGUUCAGAAGUCGCGCCUUGCUCGCAACCUCUGACCCUAGUACUAUCAAGGCUUUUACCCCUAAAGAGAUUAUUGGUUUCUCCAUCGGCUCAGUGUCGUCAGUUCUCUACCUCUGUUCCAGACUUCCCCAGAUGUACACUAAUUUCAAGAGGAAGUCGACAGAGGGAGUGUCUUACUUCUUGUUCGCGCUGGUCAUCCUGGGAAACACCACAUACGGACUGAGUGUCCUGCUGAAGAACCCUGAUAAGGGACAGGGCGAGAGAAGCUACCUGAUCCAUCACCUGCCCUGGCUCGUCGGCAGCCUUGGCACCCUCUCCUUAGACCUCAUUAUCUCCAUCCAGUUCAUAAUGUACCGUAAAGCUAAGGUGGAGGUGGACGUCAACCACGAUGAGACAACGCCUCUGAUCGUGAGCUAAACCAACAACCCAUGAUCGUACUGGUGGGACAUGAACAGACACUCACUUCCAGCAAACCCCCAAAAUCACAUUUCCAACCAAAUCAGGAUGAAAGAAAAUUGAACAUUUUAGUUUGAUUUUAUAGGUUUAUUUAUUAUGCUCUUUUUUAAUGUUUAAAUGUGUUUUUAUCUGCUAAAGUACUGUGAGAUUCUUCACUUGGGUUCAGCUGCAGUGAUGUGAUUUACACUGCUCUAAAUGUUAGAGUUUUAAAGGGACGAUCGAGGGUUUCAGGUGUUGGACAUGGAAACUCCUCCUGUCAACCUGAACUCCUUUCCUGAUUUUAGGUCACAACCUCAAUUUGAUGUCAUGUAGAUGUCAGAAACCUGCUGGCCGGGGUGACCAGGCCACACAAAGGUUUCUCUAAAAUGAUUCCCAUGUUUUUUAAGUUGCCAAACCCUUUUGACAGAUCUGACACUAACUACUGCAUGAAGCCCAGUCUGAUCUUGUCGUGGUGAUGUGUCAGAUCGGAAAAUAAGAAAUGUUUUGUAAAACAUUUCAGAAUGCAAAUUGUAUUUAGUAAAUUUUUAAUUGAUGUUUACACCAAGUGCUGUAAUCACAAAAAAAUGAGCCUUUAUUUUUCUGUUCAUUUUAGAUAUCUUUUUUAAUUGUAGACAUACUAUUACUAUUUUACUUUUUUUUUUAAAAUACAGACACUUGACCAGUUUUGUUUGCACUGGGGAUAAAAGUCACUUAACACAGAUUUCACUACCAAGUUUAAUUUACACAUUUUCAGUUUUCCAUUCUCACAGUUUUGCGCAACAAAAGUUGGUUUUGUACUUUGAGAAAUGUUUAAUAUGUUCAGUGGGUCAGUGUGCUGUAAAGAUUAAACAAUGAAAAAUA